AUUUUGUCGUACGGACAUGCAACCGAAUGGCUUAUCAAUAAAAAUACACUCGAAUUUCAUGAAAUCCGACAGCUAGUCCAGAGGAAUAUAAAUGCACGUAUAUAUGUAUAUAUAGAAACAUAAAAUGUAUAACAUCGGGUGGGAGACAGCGUAACUUGUAGUGGGGAUUGAGAUUGAGGAGAAGUUCAAACUUAAUGGAAUCAGUCUUAUUCGAAUUCGACAGUACUAAUUUUGCAACCUAAUUUUUUUCAAUAUCUUAGAUUAGAUAUUAAGAUCGGUUACUGAAUUAAGAAUUAUUUAUAAGCAAGGCUACAAAAGUAUUAAUAAAUAGUAGGAAAUAAGGAGCCAGAACAGCGAUAAUAAUAUCGGAACCAUUAUUUGUUAUCAACGUUAUCAGUUAAAAGAGAAGUGUCACACUAUAUUUUAAAUCAUCAAACAAGUAAAAUAUGUCGGUAGAUAUUCACCUAUCUCAUCAGUUUUAUUUUGAUGUGAUAAAAGUUCUCCAUCAGUUUAUGAAGUUAUUCCGACAGACAUCGGUGUCUUUUAUUUUAACGUUCGAUCCAAUUGUCAUUUAUUUUAUAAAUAUCGUGUACUCUAUUGUGUAUCAAUGUUUUGCUAUUGUACUAAUGUGUGUAAUAUGUCAUUUUGUUUUAAGCUGUUUUACUAAUGACUGAUUUUAAAAGAAGAAGAUUUCGCAAGCAGUAUAAAAUCUUAAGAUAUUUUAUUGAAGAUAAAUCCUUUUUAAGCAAUCGAAAAAUACUAUUUUGUAAGUACAAGUGUUUAAAAGAAAAAUGCCACAAGACCCUUAAAUAAAAGUAGAAAUCUCACUGAAAUAACUUAGAACCCCAACCUAAAGCUAUUUGCUCAGACGAUGUGUUUUGUUUUUUAAGUAAUUAUGUAAGUAGUAAUUAACUGAGUAACGAGUGUAGAUAUUGAGUAUUGAUCUCGAAUAAAUUUAUAAAAUACAUUGAUGCGUAGCAAACCUAAGUGCACUUGUUGAGUGUAGAAUGUGAACAAACAAAAAGAAUGAUGAGAAGAUGGCGUCAAGCACGUGGUGAGUUGUCGUAUGAAUGAAUUAUUUGAUUGGCUGAACGAACGUGUGGCGUCUACUUGAAGUCUUGUGUUACUUGUGGCAGCUGACUUUAUGUAUCGAAUUUUCUGAUCAGUUAAAAUUUGAAUUAUGACUAUGAGACCGAAAAGUGCUGCUAUCAAGUGGCAACACAAGGUAAUAACUGAUAAUCCAAAUUCUCGGUCAUUACCAAACAUAAGCCAUUACCGCUAUUCUGAGUAUAGCAACUUGCGCUAUAGUCUAUUAAUUAUAAGCAUCAUCUUCAUUGUUAUUUUACUUGGUACGAUCAUUGACUUUGUACCUGGUACAACUGGUCAUUGUCUUAGGAUGCAAAAAUUAUCUAUCGAUUAGUUUUACGGAAAAUGUUUAAGAUAACUUGGUAUUGGAUUAGAACCCCGUGCGUUUUUUGGACGUUCUUGGUAUAUAUCAUUAAUUUACAACCUUUGCAUUCAUUGCAACGAAAUGAUUCGACAGAAAAGCUGUUUAAUCACACUAAAAUUCAUUAUAAUGAUGCAUUAAUGCAUAAAAUUAAUUCAAACCAUUCAAAAUCGAUUACUUAUGAAAAAUUGUUAGACAAUAUAACAUUGAGCAAGACUGAAAAUAUUAUUUAUUCUAUGGAUCCAAUAAAUCAUGAUUUGUUUUUGAAAAAUAACAAAAAGAACAUAGUGUUAUCACUACCAGAAUAUCAAACAGAGAUGACUAACUUUAUAUCUCAUACCAAUUAUACGUCUUUUAAUAACAGCAUAUUUUAUAAUUCGAUCAAUAAAUCAAUAUUGGAAUGGAAGAUUGCGUUGUGCGUCAAUGACUUUAUAUAUCCUAAAAAUAAGACUAAUAGUACUGAAGCAGGAUCUAACAAUCACAUAUUCGUACAAUUUCGUGCAGAAUACGAUUUGAUCGUUGGAGAUUUGUUGAUAAAGAACUCAAAUGAUUCAUCGCUCACUGUAGAAUGGGUGCCUCCAAACGAAGUUGACGAUUUCGAUUACUAUAUUGUUAAGUGGUUUCGAGGACAAAGUAUUGAAGGCGAAUGCUAUACUAAUAAAGAAACUACAAAUUAUACAAUUACACAUCUACAAUCUUGUACUAAGUACGAAAUUCGUGUUUUACCGGCUAGAAAUAAUACUUGCGGACAAGAACGUGUCGUAAUUGGUACAACUGGAUUAAUUGUUGAAACAAACUCCCUAAAAUUAAAAAUCGCUGAUAAUGGUACGGAUUGGUUGAAAAUAAGUUGGAGUAUACCAGGAAGCGAUUGUGUGACAAAAACUGUGAUUAAAUACUGUAGGGAUUACCAGUGUGAAGAAACUAACGUUACACAAACUUUCUACAAUGCAACGAAUUUAUUGCCCUGUACGACAUAUAAUUUCACAGUAACUUUUUACGGAGAAAGUGAAGAAUUUGGCAGUACUGAUAUCAUUGGAGUAACUGGAUAUUUGAAACCACAAGCGCCAUCUUUUGCGUGGUCUAUAGCUGAACAUGAUUCUUUGAAUAUAUUUUGGACUGCGCCAAUAGGUGCAUCAUGUGUGAUUGUCUAUCGAAUAACAAUUUAUCAAGAUCAUCCAUACAACAAUACAUUUGAAACAAAUUCAACAGCUGAAUACCAAAUAAAGUUCAAUAAUUUGCAAUCCUGCAGUAUUUAUAAUAUUAUUAUUGUUCCGGUAGAUAAAUUUGAAAAUGAUUGUGAUCCGUAUUUAUUUUUUUCUAACAAAACGUUAGCUCCUGUUCCAGAAACUCCUGAUUACAUGUCCUCUAUAUCAGAAAGAAAUGAAAUUGCAAUCAUAUGGAUUUUAGUAAUCAAUGAAUUCAAUAAUUGUGAAAACAUGAAAGUAAUAACAUUUUGUGAUUGUAAUAAAGUUCUUGGUAUAGGAUACAACUGUACGAACAGCACCUCUACUAAGCACAUAACUGAAGAAUGUAAUCAAACGAUAGUCACUACUAAAGUAAAAAAUCUUACACCUUAUACUCAGUAUAAGUGUUUUAGUAUUACUUCUAAUGCUCACUACAAUAGUAGUAAAAGCAAUUAUAUUUUACUACAGACUUCGGAAGACAUACCCAGCCCCCCAUCAUUGGCAGUAUUCAAUAUAACCGACAAAAAAUUUGAAUUGACAUGGAAAUCACCUCUGUAUCUUCCGGGUGAUAUAGUUAACUUUGAAGUAAACUUCACAUGGUAUUACAAAUUCCAUCAACCCAAAUGGUGCGAAAAUAUUUCGGAUAUCAGUGAGAACACUGUUCGUCUGAAUGGCAGUACAUUGCUAUUAUUAUACGAGGCUGCAGUCCCAUUUUCAAAUCACAGAGCAUCGAUACGAGCGAAAACUUCAGCGGGUUGGAGUAACUAUAGUGAAAGUAUAUCAUUUUCAACAUUACCUGGUGCUCCAGGGCCCGUAUCAAAUUUUAAAUAUUCUUUGAAAAAGAGUUCAGACAAUAUUCGUCCUCCAGAUGCGUUUUUAUCAUGGGGACUUCCGUGCCACAUUUUUGGAUUGAAAAUUGAAGUUUUUGAAUUGACUGGAAUCGGAACUCGAACAAGUUUUUUGAAUCACUAUGUUAAUGAAACAAUAAAGUCUCAAAUAUGCAUUGAUGAUAUUUGUACCAUUAAGCUGUUACUAAAAGAAGAAUACACGUACCAGUUUUCUGUGGCUGGAAGAGUGAAAGAUGUUAAGCCCUUAGGAGCUGUGGAACGAAUAACAUCAUUGUACCCAGCCGGAAUUCCAUCAGAUCCGGAUGCUGCCUACAUCAAUCAGAUUACGAUCGAUCCAUUCAAAGCACGAAGAACAACAUACUCAGCACUCAUUUUACUUCCAUUAUUUCCUAAUACCAAUGGUGAAAUAAAAUGCUAUGCGAUUAUUGUUUCAAAAAUUGGGCAUAAUAAUAAACGAUUUUCUCGAAACGACUUAAAAUCGGGAGAGUGGCCAAAAAUUUCUUCUUGGAUUGAAUCCGUUCAAAAGGAUUUCACUGUUCCUUAUCAAGCUUCAAAACUUUGCAACGACUCAUAUCACCCAUACGUAGUAGAUUAUGGGAAAUUAAAAGCUGUGAAAUUCCAAAUUGGAGAAGAUAUGGAAACUUGCCCAGAAUUAUCAAAAAGUAAAACAUCAUAUUGUAAUGGUCCUUUGAAAUCAGAUACUUGGUAUGAUAUAAGAAUGAGAGCGUUUACUGACGGUGGAUACCGAGAUUCGGAAGUAUUUACAAUUAAAACAAAUGCAGAAUUACAAAUUGCUACCAUUAUUGGAUCAAUAGUUGGUAUUCUAGCUUUCGGAGUACUAAUCACUUUAUUUCUGCUAAUGAAAAAGUGGUCAGUUCAAACAGUAAUCAGACGCUUAUUAAAUUCAAAGAUGCCAGGAUCUCCAGUACCAGCUCCAUUAAAUCGACGAAAAUUUAUUACUCAUUGCCAGCAAUUGGCUGAUAAUCCUGGAAAACUCAGUAAUGAAUUUCAGUUGUUACAAACUUUAAGCUUGGACUUACAAAUGCCAACGAAUGCUGGAUGUCUUCAUGCGAAUAGAAAGAAAAAUCGAUACACUGAUAUUCUUCCGUAUGACUUUUCAAGAGUGAAAUUAGAAAUAAUAGAUAACGAUCCCAAUAGUGAUUAUAUUAAUGCAUCGUUCAUAAAGGGAUUUAGUAAUGAAGAAGAAUAUAUCGCGUGUCAAGCACCAAAAGAAGAAACGACGUAUGACUUUUGGCGUAUGGUCGAGCAAUAUAACAUCAAACUCAUAGUUAUGCUAACGCUACUUAUUGAAAAAAACAAAGAAAAAUGUUACCAAUAUUUUCCAACGAUUCGUGAAACUUUUACUUAUGAAAAUAUGUCGAUAAGGUGUUCAAUGGAAUUUGACUAUAGGUCUUACACUCAGAGGACACUAGUUCUUCAAAAGGGUGACGAGAAAAGAGUAUUGAACCACUUGCAAUUCAAAGAUUGGCCUGAUCAUGAUGCACCCGAAGAUUUUGAUGCUGUGAUCAAUUUUUGCCAGAUUAUGAGACGCAAUAUAAAUAGUAAUAGAAAUUUAGUUGUCAUCCACUGUAGCUCAGGCAUUGGCAGAACUGGAACACUGAUAGCUAUAGAUAUUAUACUUCAACACCUGAAGGAUAAUCGGAAGUUAGACGUGUUUGGUACCGUUUAUCGUUUGAGACAACAGAGAAUCAAUAUGGUUCAGCGUGAAAGUCAAUAUACUUUUAUAUAUAACUGCAUCAAACAAGUGCUGAAAAAUCCUCACUUUUCGAAAAAUUAUAAAUUACCAUACCUGAGACCAAUAAGUGAUGAUAAUACCGAGAAGAACAAUAUGGACCCGUGUAUUUCAAACUUGUUCAAGGAUGUCGACCGUGUGAAACCUAGUAUCGAAUCUGAUGUUGAUUAGCAAAUUUAAAUCAAUAUAAACAAUACAAAACAAUAUCAUUGUUGUUCGAUAUAACCCUCCAAAAAUUAAGUAUUAACAGGGUGAUCUAUAUAGACCUAAUACUGUGACGUCAUAGACGACUUACCCCCAAUAGCACAGUUUGCUUAGCAAAAGUUUCCAAAAGUUUCCUUGAAUUUUUCGUCAAAUGUCCGUCAACAUCGGACCUUUCUAUUUUUGAUGACAAUUUAUAUACAACUUGCUAUACAAUUUGACGUAAAUUUACUACCCGAAUUAAAAUGCAAAUUCACUUCAAAAGUUGUAUACAAAUUGUCAUCAGAAACGGAACAGCCCAGUUGACGGACAUUUGACGAAAAAUUCAAGGAAGCUUUUGUUAGGGUUUUUUUCUAGUAAAAAAAAGUAUGAUACUGAAGUUAGCCGAUGUCUAAUAACUUUUGAAUUUUUUUUUUUUAAAUUAAAAAAAAAUUAAAUUUAAAAAAAAAAAUGCACCUGUAGCUUCUUUAAUUUUCUACAAGUGCAUAUUUUUAGUUUUUUUUUGUAAUUUAUUUUUUGAAAAAAAAAAAAUCCGAAAAUUUUAAUUGUCUACUAACUUCAGGAUCACAAAAACGAUACUGCUAAUUGAGGACAAGUUAACCGCAAAUUUUUCAUCGCAACUUUUGCUGUCAAAUUGUUGACAAAUUCGAACAACAAUUUUUGAUACUUUGAAUUGUCAAAUUGCUGUCAAUUCCUAGCUAAAGUGGCUGAUUAGAGAUAAUUGUAUUCAAGAAUCUUACAUGUAAUGUCAUCUGACAACGUAUGAAUUAAUUAGCUAAUUAAAGAAAUCAUCAUUACUGCAGAUGUUGUAAAUGAUGAAAAGAUAUUUAUUAUUAAGAAAAUUAUAAAUAAAUGAAAUUGUAAAUUAGAAUAAAUCAAAGUCAUUAAUAAUUAAGUAGUUAAAAAGUGUAUAUGAAGAAAUGUAAUGAAGUGUUUUAAAUAAUUUAAAUAAG